AUGGCCGCCGUCGGCUUCAAGGCUGCGGGCAGCGGCUUGUGGAAGGGCAACGGGGCUGGCUUGCAGCUGGCCGCCGCCGUCUUCUGCCAGAGCUGCAGCUCCGCCGCCAGCAGCGGCCCUGGCGAGGGCAGGCGGGCGGGCUGGGGCCAGCAAAGGGCUCAGCACCAGUCUGCGGGGCAGUUCCCACCCACGGCAGCCCCCGGCAGAGCCCGGAGAGCCGCGGAGCCCAGCCCGGCCGCGGCCGGCCCCCUGAGCAGCCAGCCCAGCCCUGCCGAGGGCGCCGACACUAAGUCCUACCUAUGGGCCAGAUACCACGAGAUGAAAAAGCUGGUGUAUGAUCUUCUUCCACCAGGAGUCUGCAAUCUCCUUAACCCUGCAGCUAUCUACGCAAAUAAUGAGAUCAGCUUGAGAGAUGUUGAGAUCUAUGGCUUUGAUUAUGAUUAUACAUUAGCACAGUACUCUAAUUUAUUGCACUCUAUGAUAUUCAACACUGCCAGAGACAUACUAAUUGAACAGUACAAGUAUCCAGAAGGACUCAAGAAAUAUGAUUACCUUCCAGGAUUCGCCAUCAGAGGGCUUCACUACGAUGUGCAAAAGAGUCUUCUGAUGAAGAUUGAUGCUUUCCAUUAUGUCCAGUUGGGGACUGCAUAUAGAGGGCUAAAGCCAGUGCCUGAUGAUGAGGUUAUCGAAUUGUAUGGUGGUACCCAGCACAUCCCACUGUACCAGAUGAGUGACUUCUAUGGCAAGGGUCCUUCAAUUAAACAAUUCAUGGACAUCUUCUCCCUUCCUGAAAUGACCCUGCUCUCCUCUGUUAUUGACUACUUCAUAAAUCAUGGCAUUGAGUUUGACCAGGUUCAUCUUUACAAGGACAUAUCUGAUGCCAUUAAAGAUGUGCAUGUGAAAGGAAUGAUGUACAAAUGGAUUGAGAAGGACAUGGAGAAAUAUAUUCUUCAUGGGGAUGAAACUUAUGCUGUCCUAAACCGACUGGUUAACCUCGACAAGAAACUCUUCCUUAUUACAAACAGCCCCUUCAGCUUUGUAGAUAAAGGAAUGAAACAUAUGGUUGGCAAGAACUGGCGGGAUCUCUUUGACAUGGUCAUUGUGCAAGCUGAUAAACCCACCUUUUUCACUGAUAGACGCAAACCUUUUAGAAAAUUGGAUGACAAAGGCUCACUCCAAUGGGACAAAAUAAACAAACUAGAAAAGGGAAAGAUCUACAAACAGGGAAAUUUGUUUGAUUUUCUAAGGCUAACAGGCUGGCGUGGGUCCAAAGUACUUUAUUUCGGUGACCAUCUGUACAGCGAUCUUGCAGACUUGAUGCUGCGUCAUGGCUGGAGGACUGGAGCCAUUGUACCAGAACUGGAACCUGAAAUCCGGAUCAUCAAUACAGAGCAGUACAUGCAUUCGCUGACUUGGCAACAGGCACUCACAGGGCUGCUGGAGAGAAUGCAGAUGUAUCAAGAUGCAGAAUCAAAGCAGGUGCUGCUGGAAUGGAUGCAAGAGCGUCAGGAAAUUAGGUCCCUUACGAAGAACUUAUUCAAUCCUCAGUUCGGGAGCAUCUUCCGAACCUUCCACAACCCAACCUACUUCUCUCGGAGACUGAUCCGGUUUUCUGAUAUCUACAUGGCAUCCAUCAGCUGCCUGCUGAACUAUGAUGUGAACUUCACCUUCUUCCCCCGGCGCACCCCUCUGCAGCACGAGGCGCCCCUCUGGAUGGAUCAGCUCUGCACGGGUUGUAUGAAGACCCCCUUCCUGGAGGAGAUGGUGCACAUCCGAUGAAGGGAAAGUGUGUGAGCUGAAGUUUACAGUAAUGUAGUGCUAGAAUUGUUUGUACGAAGGGUCAGGCUGUUUGGCCAUGAAUUGCCUAUCGCUAAAGAUGAUUUUAACGUGGGUGUGGGUUGUGUUUGGUGUGUUGUCCCUGACCGUCACUGAACCUUGCAUUCCAGCACUUCCAAAUAUCUACCUUGCUAACAAAUUGGUGCUUAAGUUAAGUGGAAGGGAGAUAUGAUUGACUAUUUUAACUUGCAAAGCAUUCUCAGAGUUGGUUAGGUAGAAGUAAAACAAUCACAGCAAGCUGCAUUUCAUGACCCCCUAAAUUUUUUAAAACUCCAUCUUCAGCCCCAAAUCUUCUAAUAUGGGUAGCUGACAUUGGGUAACUGCAGUUAGGCACCUUAGCGAGAAGUGGCCUGAUUCUCUAAAGUGCUAAGCAAACCCACCUCUCUUCUCUCUCAUAAAUUUAAAGGUUUAUUCGGCACCUCUGAAAGCUGAUUUUAGGCAACUUAACUUUUGAAUGUUUUUUGGUCUCUGAAUAUAGAGGCUUUUUUUCUUCACUUGUUAUCGAAACAGUUCAAAAGCUAAGAUCUUGACACACUGAUUAGAA